AUGACCACCACUAUCCAGAAAGUUGCCAUCUUCGGGUCCUCCUCGACUUUCCCCGCCGGCCUGCCCGUCAUCCGCACCAGCUACACCCUCGAGAACCUGACCACUGCCCUCGCAGGCCAGGAUGCCGCCAUCUGCGUGGUCGGCCCCGGCGGCAUCGGUGCGCAGGUCACCAUGAUCGAGGCCGCCGAAGCCGCCGGCGUCAAGCGAUUUAUCGUCGACGAUUUUGGCUGGGGCCCGGAUUUCCGCAACCUACCGGAAUUCCGCGCCAUUCACGCUCAUCGUCGCGCCGGUUGGGAACUGGCUAGAGCGAAGGCCAAGGCGAAUCCCAACUUUACGUUCACUGGUAUCACCUCGGGGAAUCCUAUUGAUUGGGCAAUGAAGCGAUUCCCUCUGAUGGGCUUCGACAUCGCCCGGUGUUCGGCCCUCAUCUACGACUCUGGCACGGAGAAAUUCACCGCCACCACCCUCGCAGGCAUCGGGCAGUCGGUCGUCGGCGUCCUGCAGCAUCCCGACGAGACGGCGAAUCGGUUCGUGAAGGUCCUGUCGAUCAUCACCAACCAAACCGAGCUGCUGGAGGCUUUCCAGCGCGUCACGGGCCGACAAUGGCCAGUGCAGCGCACCUCAGCGCAGACCCUGAUCGAGAGCGGACAGCGUAAGUUUCAGGCGGGCAUGGGCGGCUGGAUUUUGGAAUUGGUGGUCGCGCAGAUGUACGAUGAAGGACAGGCCCGAUGUGCCAUGGCUCCUUCGUGGGAGGCGUCGGAUUCCCCCCUGCUGGGGGUGAAGAAUGAGAGUGCAGAUGAGGUGGUGGCCAAGGUUUUGCAGUUGUGA